CUCCGACGCACAUGAACCGGUCUCAGUUUAAUUUCUAACGCGCGUGGCGUAUGUUGUCUAUCGCUUCGGUUAACAUUUAUUACUAUAUACCUAUGUAAAGUGAAUAUUUACGUUGAAACACCUUUGAAAGUGAUUGUGAAUUGUGUUUUUUGUUAAGUUUUAUAGUCCAAAAUGAAGCUGAUGAUCCUAGCAGCACUGGCGCUGCUGUCGCCAGCACUAGGGUACAGGAUCCUGGCUAUAUUCCCCGUACCUUCGAAGAGCCAUCACCAUCUGGGGCAGGGCGUUGUGGGAGCCCUAUUGAAAGCCGGCCAUGAGGUGACGUGGGCGACCCCAUACCCUAAGAAAGAGGCCCAGAAGGGCCUCACAUUCAUCGACGUCAGUGAAACUACGGGGAUUAUAGCACAAAUAGACCCACUGAAGGUGUCGCACAUGAGUAUUGGCACGUUGAUGGAGUUCGGCAGGAACAUCUCCAUCGCCGCCGCCACCAACAAGGGGGUCCAGCAGGCGCUGAUGGACAAGUAUGAUGCUGUGGUCACUGAGGUCUUCUUCUCCGAUCUGCAGGCUGGAUUCGCAGCAAUCCUCCAAGUCCCAUGGAUCGUGCUGAGCGGCACAGUCAUCCAUACUGGAGUGGAAUCGAUGAUGGCAGACAUCGGCAGCGCCGCGCUGGUACCUACCAUGAUGAGUGACUUCCCGAUACCGAUGAACCUGUGGCAGCGUAUGGGGAACACUGCCAUGAUUGCGAUGAUGACUGCUGGGCGAUUGUGGGACAUAUCCGUGAGCGAAAAGUAUUACCAUGAAAUAUUUGAGCCUCUAGCCAAGAAGAAGGGCAUCGUCCUUCCCCCUUACUCCACGGCCAUCUACAACAUCUCCAUCCUGCUCUCCAAUUCGCAUCCGUCGCUGGCGCCGGCUGUCAGUUUGCCUCCUAAUGUGGUGGAUAUCGCCGGGUAUCAUAUUGCGGACCACCACACGCCGCUACCUAAGGAUCUCCAAGACCUGAUGGACAGCUCCAAGAACGGCGUCGUAUACUUCAGCAUGGGUUCCGUCAUCAAAGCCUCGGCGAUCCCGGAGCAGACCCGGAAGGACCUGAUCAAGAUCCUGGGGGCUCUGCCCUACACGGUGCUCUGGAAGUUCGAGGAGCCGCUGCAGGGGCUGCCGAAGAACGUGCAUAUUAGGCCGUGGAUGCCGCAACCUUCUAUAUUAGCGCACCCAAACAUCAAGCUCUUCAUAACUCACGGUGGCCUCCUCAGCACGCUAGAAGCCAUCCAAGCCGGGGUGCCUCUCCUAGCCGUGCCCGUGUUCGGCGACCAGCCCGGCAACGCCGUGAGAGCCCAGCGCGCCGGGUACGCGCUCGCCGUGCCCUUCGCACCCGACAUGGGGGACAGGCUGAAGGUGGCGCUGGAUAAGAUGCUUUCUGACAAUAGCUACUACAACAAAGCUAAGGAGCUAUCCCGACUGUUCAACAACCGGCCCGUGCCCCCCGCCAAGCUCAUCGCGCACUACGUGGAGCUUGCCAUUCAAACCAAAGGUGCACUACACCUACGCUCUCCGACGUACCACUACGCGUGGUACGAACGCUACAUGCUCGACCAACUCGCGGUGGUCUUAAUAGCGCUGUACGUGGCCGUAAAGUUGGUCAAAUGCGUCCUCAAGAUGGCGCUGAACUCAAUUUUAGGGAAGCCCGCCAAAAAGGAAGGAAAGAAAGUUAAAAAGAAUUAAGAAUGCGUUAUUUAGACAAAAUUAAGUGGAUACUCAACAGUUGAGUUAUUUAGGUUUUAAGAAACAAGUUUAAAAUAGAAUAAUUCAAUGAAAUGGGAGAAUCAUCACACGUGAACAUAGAGAAAAAUAAGUAAAGAAAGAGUGGUAACUUCAUACACCAGUUUUCUUACUAAAACGCGAGUUAUUUCGUAGUCUACAUCUAGCGUCUAGUAGCGAAAUUUAUCUGUACUGCUAGUUGACAAUAGAUGUCGCGACGAACGUAAAAUUGAGUUGGCAAUACAUUUUUCGUCAGUAGCGACACUUGUGACAUCUGGUGUCAAGUCGCGGUACUGAUAAAUCCGCUACUGGACGUUAGAUGUCGACUACAAAAUAACUCGCGUUUUAGUAAGUAUGUAUGGAGUUACUUUCUUUACUUAUAUUUCUCUAUGCAUAUGAUUUUUACUUAAAUUAUUGAUAACUAUUACUUAAUACAGAAAGUGACAGGCUUAAAACUGAUAAAGACAUGGUCAUUAUUUGUAAUAAAGAAUCCUUGGUUGAAAGUAUAUUUGAACUUACAGCUAGUACAAAUACUCUGUGAUAAAAGUGCCUCAAAAUAGUUAAAAUAUUGUAAUAUGUAUAAAUAAGUUGACAAAUGAUACUGUUUGAUACUAAAAUGUUUUAAAUAAAAUAGAAUUAAAAAGAAA